AUGACUCUUCCCCAAUUUACAGGUGAUCCUCUUGCAUGGCAGGGGUUCUGGGAUCAGUAUCAGGUUUCGGUUCACAAUAAUGUUAGUAUUAGUGAUAUUGACAAGUUCAAUUAUUUGAAAGGAUGUCUUAAAGGGGAGGCUGGGGUUGCUAUAUCAGGGUUGUCCUUAAGUUCGGUAAACUAUAAGGAAGCUGUAAGUAUUUUAAGGGAUAGGUUUGGAAAUGAGCAAGUUUUAAUAUCGGCUCAUAUGGAAUCCUUGUUGAAAAUUGAUAAGAUUAGGUCUGUAGGUAUCAUUAAAGGGCUAAGAAUGCUUUAUACUCAUGUUGCAAAUUGUAAUAGGAAUUUGAAAUCACUUAAGCUCGAUACCAGUGGAUAUGGUUCACUUCUAAUUCCCAUAUUAAAAGAUAGACUGCCUGAUGAGAUUAAUAUGAUAAUUUCUCGACAUUUUUGUGGCAAAGUCUGGAACUUAGAUGAAGUGAUGGAGUAUUGUAGCCAUGAACUUAGAGCCCAAGAAAAUUAUAGUCUCUCAAUGGUUAACAAAUCCGAACCAUUUAGGAAAAGGGAUAAUGCCUACACAGCUAGUGGAUUGCUAAGCCAUAACAGUAACCCUGCAUGUUUAUAUUGUAAUGAAGAAGGCCAUUAUGCGUCUAAGUGCAGUAAUAUAACAAAUCACCAAUCUAGGAAGGUCAUUUUGCGUAGAAAUAGGAGAUGUUUUAUUUGUCUAGAUACAGGGCAGGUAGCUAAGCAUUGUAAAUCGGGUUAUGUAUGCAAACGAUGUAAGAAGGGUAAGCAUCACAUUUCAAUAUGCGAGUCUGGUUCUGACGGGAGGAAUAUAGAACCUAAGGGUACUGGAAAUAAUGAUAACAAAGACGGCAAACAUAAUAAUGAUAGUAAUGGGUAUUGUAGGCCACACAGGGUGUGAAAACAAGGGAAUUCUUUUACAGACAGCAAUAGCUGACAUAUGCCCAGCAGAUACCACAGAGGUUAAGAAUUGCACUAGGAUUUUGUUUGACAGCGGUAGUCAACGAUCGUAUAUUUCUGAAAAUGUUAGGACUAGGUUGCAAUUAAAAACUAUUAGAAAGGAAAAGGUUAUUAUCAAGACAUUCGGACAAACUAGUGAUAGCGAGGUACAACAACUUGAUGUCGUACAAUUGAAUAUAAAGAAUAAGUUUGAUAAUGGGUUCACACUAAUUGAAGCGUUAUGUGUCCCCACAAUAUGUAGCCCAUUGACAAAUCAGCACAUAGCUAUCACAAGAGAGUUAGAGGAGUUUAAGGAUUUAAAAUUUGCUGAGUGCAUUAGUGACUCAACAACUCUACCCGUAGGAAUUUUAAUAGGUAUUGACUUUUACCAUGCAUUCAUGACUGGAAAAAUCAUUAGAAGUAAGGACGGACCUAUUGCUUGUGGGACUAGGUUAGGUUGUGUAAUUAGCGGUCGACUUGGUUCAGGUUCACCCGACCUGCAUUGUUUUGAAACAUAUUUGUUGCGCACUGCAGUUGAAGAAGUAGAUUUAACAGAUAUUUUGAGAAAUGAUCUGGAUAAAUUUUGGGCAGUUGAGAACAUUGGCUCAGACAGUGACCAAGUUGUCAGUGAUUUUAGGAAUAACAUUAUCCAUGAUGGAACAAGAUAUGUGACAAAGUUACCUUUUAAGCCAGACCAUGAGCCAUUACCAGAUAAUUUUGCAGUAAGUGAAGGACGUUUAAAGUCAUUGAAAGGUAGAUUAGUGUCUAAAGGUAUACUUAAUGAUUAUGACAAAAUCUUCAAAGACUAUGAACAGAAUGGCAUUAUUGAGCAAGUUCCUGCUAAUGAAGUUGCAGGAGAAGUAGGUCAGGUCCAUUAUCUCCCUCAUAGACCAGUAAUUCGUGAGGAUAAGGAAACCACUAAGAUCCGCGCAGUGUUUGAUGCUUCUUGUAAAGUUAAUGGUCCCUCACUUAAUGAAUGUCUCUACUCAGGACCAAACCUUCUCGCUAGAAUUUUUGACAUUCUUAUAAGAUUUCGACUAAAUAGAAUUGGGAUUUUGGCUGAUAUUAAACAGGCAUUCUUGAACAUAGCUAUAUCAUCAGAGCAUAGAAAUUACUUGCGUUUUUUAUGGUUUGACGUCGAGUCUGGAGAAACGAUAGUUUACAAGUUUUUGAGAGUUGUUUUUGGAUUGACAAGUAGUCCAUUCUUAUUGAAUGCAACCAUAAAGCACCAUCUUAAUAAGUAUAUUGAAAAUGAUAAAAUAGUUGUAGAGCGCUUAAAAGACGAUAUGUACGUUGACGAUCUAGUUAGUGGGACUGAUGCCUUAGGGGAAGCUAAGGUUUUGUAUGAGAAAAGUCGAUCAAUUAUGUCAGAAGCAGGGUUUGAUUUAAGGAAAUGGGAAACAAAUAGUCAGGAGCUUAGGGCAUAUAUAUCAUCACAGGAAAAUGUAACAUCAAACCUAGAACCAGGAGGGGAUGAUAUGACCUAUUUUGAAAUAAUGUCACCUGAUGUUAAGACCAAUAAUAAAGUAGUAUUAGGAUUGGAAUGGGAUACCAGCAGGGACGAAUUUGUUUUUCGAUUCAAAGAUUUAUUGUCUAAAUGCGCUGUUAUGAAAAGGACAAAGCGGAAUUUGUUAAGUGUUUCGGCUUCAAUCUUUGACCCAUUAGGCUUGAUUGCUCCAAUCACCGCAAGAAUUAAAACAAUUUUUCAACUGCUUUGUAAAGAUAAAUUGAAUUGGGAUGAUAUCAUUCCACCAGAUAUUGCGUUGGUUUGGGACAAAUUUUUAGAGGAAUUAAAAGGUCUCCAGGAAAUAAGGCAACAUCGGUAUGUUUUCGAUUUAGAUUUUCCUUCGAAAAAUCGAAUUGAACUUCACGGGUUUUCUGAUAGCUCCAAAGAGCUUUAUUGUGCAGUUGUCUACCUUCGGCUUAUUAGCAAUGAUGGGGUGAAACUGUCUUUUCUCGCUUCGAAAACUAAAGUUGCCCCUCUUAAAACCCUUACUAUUCCUAGAUUAGAAUUGUUGGGAUGUUUGUUGUUAAGUAAAUUGAUUAAGGAAGUACUUGAAGGUAUCAAGGGUCGUAUAAAGUUAGAUAAAAUAGUUUGUUGGUCGGAUUCGCAGGUCGCUUUGUGUUGGAUUAGAGGAAAGGAAAAGAGUUGGGAACCUUGGGUUGAGAAUAGAGUUGUUUCUAUUAGAAAUGUUGUGGAUCGUGAUAGUUGGAGGUUUGUUAAGGGAGAGGUUAAUCCUGCUGACGUGCCCACACGAAUAUCUUCCAACCUGCAUGAAUGUUUUGCGGGAUGUUGGUUUUCUGGUCCUUCUUUUCUCCUGUCACAACAUUUUGAGUCCAGUGGGAAGGACAUUAGUACAGAUGGUACUAAUGAAAAUUCAGUUGAUGAGUUGAGUGUUAAGAUAGGUAAUAUUUCCGAAGGCUCUUGUAUGAAUAAUACGACACAGAACGACACUCCAGAUCACGCGUGUUCAUUAAAUACUGUCAUUGACUGCACCAGGUACAGUUCGCUUAAAAAACUUAUCGUGACCACUGGUUAUGUGAUGAGAUUCAUCAACAACUUACGUAAGCGAGUGAAGAAACAGUCAGGCGUAAUCACGGACGAUGUCCUAAAGGUCGAUGAAUACGAGACAGCAUUGUCAAUGUGGAUUAAAGAUGAACAACUAGUCAUUAAGAGACAGUCUAAUUUCCGUAAUCUCCGCGCCUCAUUGAAUCUUUUCGAAGACAAAAACGGAUCACUACGGUUAAAAGGACGAUUUGCAAAUUCCUCAUUGAAAUACGAAGAGCAACAUCCUGUUUUAAUUCGGUGUAAGGACAGUCAUUUUACUCGGUUGGUUAUCUGGGAUGCACAUGAAUCAACGAUGCAUCAUGGAGUCGAGUCAACGUUAGCGAGAGUACGAGCCAGAUACUGGAUCGUCAAAGGAAGAAAAAGCGUCAAGGACAUUCUACGGAAGUGUGUCUUGUGCAAACGAUAUCAGGGUAAACCUUUGCGCAGCCCUGAAAGUCCAGAUUUUCCAGAAUUCAGAAUAGACCAUUCGGGAUUUGCAUUCCAAGCGACUGGCUUGGACUUCGCCGGUCCAUUGUACGUGAAGAACAACUCGGGAACUGAUAAAGUGUACAUUCUUCUGCUAACUUGUGCUUCUAGUCGAGCCAUUCAUUUAGAACUUGUGAAGGAUAUGUCGGUCGAACGGUUUCUACGAGGAUUCAAACGGUUUAUAGCUCGUCGAGGUGUUCCUGAAGUAAUAAUCAAUGAUAACUUCAAGACUUUCAAGUCGAGAGAAGUAAAGCGGUUCAUGCUAGGACAAGGUGUAAAACAACGGUUCAUUCUUCCAGCAUCGCCAUGGUGGGGAGGUUUUUAUGAGCGUCUUGUUAGAACAGUCAAAUCGUGUCUAAAGAAAACCCUAAGGAGGACUUAUACAACGUUCGAAGAACUUCAAACGAUUUUGUGUGACGUGGAAAUUGCCAUUAACACUCGGCCAUUGGCAUAUCUAAGCGAGGAUGACCUGGAUGAGCCCUUGACACCAUUCCAUCUGAUACAGGGUCGUGGUUAUGUUAGAAGAGAUCUCGGUCGGAGGAAUACGGAUAUUGUACCAAAUCUUAGUCUCGGACAGUGUAAAGAUCGACUUGUGCAUCUGCAAAAGGUAUUAAAAGAUUGUUGGGUUCGGUUUCGAAGAGAGUAUUUAAAUGAGUUACGACAGAUGAACAUUUAUCGAAAGAGGAAGGGUUCUACUUGUGAUCUGAUAAUCGGAGAAGUAGUUCUCGUCAAAGACGAUGAGCCAGCUCCACGAACGCAGUGGAGAAUUGGGAAAGUUAUACAACUUGUAACCGGUCGGGACGGCCAAGUCAGAGGUGCAAUGCUAAAGGUACUUAGCAAGAGUGGGAAGCAGACAACGAUCCAUCGACCGCUACAGAAAUUGAUAUCGUUUGAGAUCGCGGAGAAUAACGUCAACGAAGACAAGAACGUAGAACACGAUGAGACAGCGGAGUCAACUGAAGGAAAUGAAACACAACACGAUAGUUUGAGAAGGUCGACGAGAAAGGCUGCCGUAGACGGACAAAACGCACGACGAUUAAGAAACAAGUAUUACUGA